AUGUCGGGUACAUUGAUGCUAACUUCAGUAAGGAGAGUAGCACGCAUUCCGUUUUGUGAUAGCGGUAUCCUCAACGAAGUUAAGGAGCAACAAUUAUUAUUGGUUGGAGUAAUGACUGCUGCAAAAUAUGUCGACUCAAGAGCCUAUAAUGUAUGGAAAACGUGGGCUCAAUUUAUUCCAGGCAAGGUUCUUUUCUUUGUUGCCGAAGAUACAGUUAGCAUUCACAAAGAUUUGCCUUUAAUACGUCUAAAAGGUGUUACUGAUGUUUAUCCACCACAAAAAAAGUCAUUCGCCAUGUUAAAAUGGAUGGCAGAUAAUUAUUUAAAUGAUUUCAAAUGGUUUAUGCGUGCUGAUGAUGAUUUAUAUGUGCGUGGUAGCCAGCUGGAGAAUUUCCUCAGAUCUCUCGAUAGUGAUAAACCGCAGUUGAUAGGUCAAGCAGGACUAGGAAAUAGCGAAGAAUAUGGCCAAUUAUCUCUUGGUCAACAAGAUAAUUAUUGCAUGGGUGGACCUGGUAUAGUAAUGUCUCGUGAGACAUUGCGAACUGUAGCUCCACAUUUACGUUCAUGUCUUAUGGAGUUAUUAACUACACAUGAAGAUGUAGAACUGGGCAGAUGUAUGCGAAAGCAUGUCGGCAUUGCAUGUACAUGGAAUUAUGAAAUGAACAAGUUAUUCCAUAAUAACCAAACAGUACCUCAUGCCUAUCAAGGUGACUUGUCGGAAGUUUAUCCGGCUAUAACUCUUCAUCCAAUCAAGCGACCAUCAGUUAUGCGUCGCAUACAUUUGCAUAAUCGAGCGUUAAAGCUUGCCGAACUUCGAUCACUUCGAAUUUCACUUAAUAAUGAUAAAAAUGGAGGUAAACCUCCACCACUCACUCGACAUAUUGCAAAUGACCCUUCUGAUCUAUUUCACUGGGAUUUUAUCGCUGCUAACAAUAUCUUAUUUUGCGCCAACCAAGUCAAUUGUCCGAGGCAUACAGUGGAUUCAAAUAUUCGUAUGGCUAUUAAUGGCAUUGUAACGCAGAUUUUCGAUGAAUUUAAUUCAAACGCACGACAGCGUGGUCGUAUUCUUCAAUAUCAAGGCCUACAAUAUGGAUAUACCCGCUUAGAACCACGUUUCGGCGUCGAUUAUAUUUUAGACAUGGUUUUAUGGUUCAAAAAAUUCAGAAAACCACAUAGAGCGACAGUUUCGGUUAGGCGACAUGCAUAUAUAAGACAGACUUUUGGGCCAAUCGAAGCUACUACAGAUUCAUACAUUCGUGAAACUCUUCGACAACGAGCCGAUAAAUUUAUACGUGUUAUGAAAAUGAACGCUUCUGAUGAAGUUGAUUGGUCAAGGACUGUACUUCCAAAGGAAAAUAAUCAUAUUUAUAUCAUCCUACCUCUCGCAGGACGUUCGGAUACAUUUAAAAGAUUUUCAAAUUAUUUGCGAAAUGUUUGUAUCGAAAAGAAUGGUUUUUCCUUGGUUAUUGUAUUGUUUGCCACUGGAACGAAUGAGGAUGCUAUUACUGCCGAUUUGAUAAAGGACUUAAUGGUUGAUAUCAAUGUUCAGGUUGUCGAUAUGGGAAUGGUCCCAUUCAGUCGCGGAUUGGCUCUUGCCCAAGGUGCUGGAAUUAUGCAGCCAGACGCACUUUUAUUUUUCACAGAUGUUGACAUGCUAUUUACUUGUGAUAUGUUUGAUCGAAUACGGUUGAAUACCAUUCGCGGAGCUCAGGUCUAUUUUCCGAUUGUCUUCAGUGAAUAUUCACCGAAAUCAUGGUCAAAAAAUGAGCGUCUUCUUUCCGAUACAUUUCAUUACGGUCGACGACAUGGAUAUUUUCGACAUUUUGGUUUUGGUCUUGCUGCUAUGUAUAAGUCUGAUCUCGACCUCGUUGGCGGUCUUAACGUUAGCAUUCAGGGAUGGGGAAUGGAAGAUGUGGAUCUAUUUGAAAAAUGCAUCAAAUCACCACUGCGAAUUUUUCGUGCACCUGAACCAGCUUUAAUACAUGUUUAUCACAAAAUUCACUGUUCAAAAUCGAUGCCUCCAACUCAAUAUGAAAUGUGCAUUGGAUCAAAAGCUGCUAGCUUAACAUCGUUGGAUUAUCUUGUUGAUCGAAUUACAUCGCAAUCCUGA